CUUGGGCACGCAUAUACCUCCCCUUAAGUAUUUCGGUUAGAUAUUUACAAUGGCUGCAUCGAAGCCGACGUCCAAGGCAGAAGAGGCCCUUCAGUUCCUGGACGACCUCGACUCGUUCACUCCAGCCGCCGCACCAGCCACAACAGGUGGUCCAACAGAACCGACCACCGCUUCUACACUUCCCCCACCGGGUGAAGCAGCUGAGGUCCUUGCGUUCUUGGAUGAGAUUACCCAGAAGAGCUCCGAGACUCCCAAAUCCACUGCGUCUAUUAUCGCUGCUUCCACGUCGCGUCCGCCGUCUGCCACGCCAGGUGCUGCCGCUGCAACCCCGUCCGCUGCAAACCCCAACCGCGUUAGUCCGAUCCCUAGUGCGCGUCAACAGGCAAUCGAAAUGUCUGCGGCUGAAGCAUCUGAACACCAUAGGACGCCAUCACAAACUGGCGGCUGGGGAUGGGGAGGUGUCGGGGGGCUAUGGUCAACUGCGAGCUCGGCGUUGCAGCAAGCGAGGAGCGUAGCCGAGGAGCAGGCAAAACAGUUGCAGAGCAAUGAGCAGGCAAAGAAGUGGACUGAGGGUGUUAUGGGCUAUGUCAAGAACGCUAACCUGGAUAAACUCAGCCAGGAUCUUAGAACGGCUGGGAUCAGCACAUUUAACGAGAUUCUCAAUGCUGUCGCGCCACCUAUUGCUGAGCACGAAGUGAUUCAAGUCUGGUUGAGCCACGACAUGCAUGGAUACGAGGGUGUGGAAUCGUUGGUUUAUCGCUCUCUCACCAAGAUCAUGGAGCAAGUAGAGGGCGGUGACUUGGUUGUGAACAAGGGCAAUGAAUCUAAACCUAGGAACACUCCUGCCUAUGAAGGGGAGAGGGAUUUGAAUGCCGUCGAAGGCUAUGAACAGGCGCUGAAACUCGCCCAGGCAAACCUUGAGGAUAUGAUCAAGUCGCAUGCAGACAAGCCGACUUCGUCACGGGCAGUCUCACAGCAUAACCCAACGACCUAUUCCAGCGUCUUCCUCCGUAUACAGCCGUACUUCGUAGAUUUGUCGCUGGACCCAGGUGCGACGAGCGAUAAUGCACCGAGGAAGCGCCAGCUUCAAUUCCUCCUACAUCUCUCUGACCCCACGCAUACUCUACUGCAUACACAGAUCACCCAAGGUGUACCUGCUGAAUGGCUCAUGAUCUGGGACGACAAUGAAUGGGUGGAGGAUAUGGUUGUGGAAGCAAUUCGUUUAGGCAUCGAGGUUAUCGGCCAGGAGUAUGUGGUGGCAAGAAUGGGUUGGAUGAGGAAAGGCGAGCAACCGGCUAAGCCAGAGGAGGAGACAGAGAAGAAAGCAUGACGGGAACUUUAUGAUUUGACCCCCUUUCCUUCUAUCAUUUGAUG